CCGUUCUCCAGUUUGCGGCAGAAUGGGGAAAGACCUCGCCAUGAUUCAUACAUCCUACAAAACGUGGUUGUGCAAUGCUGCGCUGUUUGCUUUGAUCUGUGCUGCAUUUGGGGCAGGAGUACUUUUGGGUCCUAUUGUUACCGCUCGUGGAAAGGACGAAUUGACGAGGAACUUACAUUGCAGCCCGGACGGAGAUAAAGCAUCGCAGUUCGCAAGCAAUCCUCAAAGACGUUUGAAAUCUGAAUGCAUUUCUCGAGGGCAACUAAAAGACUUUAUGAAGCAAUGGAGUCGUACCUUAGGUGAUUUGAUCGAGGGGAAAAUGCUGAACGCCACCAAGAGGAAACUAAAUCAUGCAAUCCGGAAAUUCUCUAAAAAUAAGGAUGUCCAAACGCAGAGAACAAUGGAAGGUAAGAUUAAGUUUUGUUUUUUUUAAAUUGCUAAUUUCUCUCACAUAACCUUGUAUAAAGCCAAGGAGUAGCAUUUGGCGAAUUAUGAUGCUAUGAGCAAGUAUGUGGUAAGGAAUAAAAACAUAGCGCCUCUUGUUAAUUUUUGCAAGAAAGGGGUGUAUUUUGUGAUUGAUUCAAAAAGAAAAAAACCGAAAAUUCUCUUCUUAGUACCAGAUUUAAUCGAAGUUAAGCUUCCAACCUUUAGAAUUUUACUUGUCAACGAGCCUCUAAUGUUAAUCUUCUUCCGAUACUUUUAAAUUUCAUCGGAUCGCAAUAAAAGACGCACACACAAAAAAGCAUCAACAACUACAUGAGACUUGUUGAGAUACAGUCCAAGUUAAGUAAUGAAAAUUACCUCAGAAUCACUCAAAAGGCUUAAUCAUUCGUGUUUUCGAAUGUGAAGUUAUUUGCUGUUAAGAGUAUCAUCGGCAGUAGAUUAAAAACUAAUAGCUACAUGGUUAAUUUUGCCACACACUAACGUUACGACGUCUCGACUAAACUUUAAUCAGCUUUUAGCAACAAUAAGGUAAUAAAACAGACCACAUCGACUUUAGCUGGACAGCCAACACAACAAACUGUUACAAAUAGAAAUGACUCAAACAACAGAUUCUCCGAUUUGCUUUUCAAGAAGUUACGAAAAUUUUUCACGAGCUCGGGGCUAAAACAUGUUUUUUCAUUAAAAUGUUUCCGUUUGGCUUUCACGAGUUUUUAACGCCCGCAAUACAACUUCAUUCAUCAUUUAAGAACCAUUACAAUGGGAAUCGAAUGCGGUUUCACAAAAUUGAUGCGGUUUCAUAAAUUGAUUAGAGCGGUGAGUUUCCAUCAGGUUGUGAAACAUCCGAGAAUUCAAAAAUCACCCCAUGCUGAAACACAAGUAGUGGAAAUCAAUAUGCCAAAAAGUGUGUUUUGCCUCCCAUGCAGUGUCGCGGGACAUUGAUAUUCUCUCAGUCUCAAUUGCUCAGCUAAUUUUUCUCUUAUCUCUAAUAGAUACCCCAAGCAGAAUAUUAAUUUCAUGCGAUUAUCGAGUCACGUCUAUUCGAUAAACCCAGGAGGGUUCUAUAAUCUUGAUAUUUGCCUUGCGUGCUUGAGUUAAAGACUGUCACGAAUUCCUGAGAACACGGACAUUCUUUCCUCUCGGGACCUCUCUCCGAACACGGUUAUCCUGAUUGAUAUCUCGAGCGACUUAAGCGAGCAGUGUGCUUCAUUUUGUUUUCUCCCGACACAAGAAUUUUUUUGCUAGUAUCUCGGCAUGUCAUAGCCGUCACCCGCUGUAUUAGUUUUGCUCUCUGCCAGUGUAGAGAUUCAAUGUUUUCCUUGACCUACCACCCUGUGAUCAAACGACCGAUGCUGUCUUUUGGUUCGUGUUGGUUUUGCAUAUUUCUCCUUAUUUUAGAGAGGUCUAACUUAGAUUAUUCCUUAAACACUUUGCAGUAUUUCGUGCUUUGAAAUAUAUUCAAGAAUGCGGUUUAAAUCAUAAAAAUCUGAGAUCCGGCGAUAAGGAUAGCUGUUCCCGCGCCAUAAUGUUGUGGCACGUGGGUUUUGCUUUUGUUCCGCGAUUGUGCAUUAAAAAAAAUCCAUUAAAAAUAUUUGCUCCUCUUGAAAGAUGUGGCAAUUAAAACUACUCUUGAAACACGAAGGAAACAAGUUUCGCCCCUUCACUCUGUCAGAAAGCAGACGCAGCUUUUUAUCAGCCGUUUAUCGCGUGUUCGAUGUCAGAGUUCAAUGAGCUAUCGCGUACUGCUGUUUAUAGCCUGUCAAGACACCGUGCACCGAAACGCGGAUAGACACGCAAACCGAACACAGUAGUUACACCCGCCGCGUCUGAGUGAGGGGGUAAUAAACAUAAUACUGGAUAAAAAUCCAAGAGUUAAACUAGCAAUCCUCAGCCUUUAAUUCACAAGAGCAAAACGAAAAUUUCUACCUGCUUUCUGAGUCGAUUUAUACUAAGCCAACUGUCAUUGCCAAUCAAUUUGCACUAGGUAGUUUAUUUGGAGAGUUUUCAGUUUGCAUUCAGGGCCCUGGCUAUCAAAGAAGCUCGCCAAUGAACCCUCAGGCGCAAAAUAUACUUCUCUAGUCACAUAUACCCCUGACUCGCUGCCAAAAUUCCUCUCUCUACAGUCUUCCAUUCUCUUAAAGGAGAAAAACACACGUAACAAAAACAAAAGGAGAAGUGGAUGUCGAUUGACGAUUAUUGCCGAAGAAUCUCGAAAGACAUAUUUAAAUUGAACCAAAAACCUUUGGAAAGUUUAUGCCUUAAAGCGCGUAUUUGUGUAUUCCUUUAACCUUGUUUCCAUUAGGAUCUCUAGCACUGAAAAAUUCUUUACAUUUCUCCUCCUUUGUCUUCACCUGAUGGAGGUGUCGUAAGAAGUUAAGGGAAAUCUGGAGUCCCUCACAAUUCCACUCAAUUGCAGCUCUAUCUUGGCUGACCGGGUGACCUCAACUCCCCAUUUGCGCUUUGUUAACAGCCGACAAUUUUGCCUCCAUUCAGUCAGGAUGAAUACAAUUUUGUCUUAUUCACGAUGUUGAUUGAGGAUAUGUAUUAACAGCGACGCCAAAUUGGAUAGAGGUGCUAAGUAUAUCAACACUUAGAUAAAGGGCUUUAUUUGUUUUAAUGGGCUUUUUUUUCGGUAGCGUUGAUAAACAACAUGCUAGCCAACUGGACUUCUCAACUGCUACAGCAAAACAACGUGCUUAUGCCUUCGGAGAAGCCAGUGACAGCUCGCUCGCCAGAAACCAAAGGGUCCACAGAGAGGAAGACUGUUAAAUCGACUACUAAACCAGACCUAGAAGUGAUCGAAGUGGACUUUGUUGAGCCCACGUCACAAGGUAACACGAAUGAACGGUUUGUGUGUUCAGGUUCUACAUGUAUAUAUAUGGUUCAGCAAAGUGUCACCUCAAAAGAACCGACUUCUAGCAACCUCUCACUUGACUCGAAUGUUGAACUAUUAUUACUGACCAUUAACGAUCAGUUAACUUAAUCUGUAGCCUUCGAGGAUGGCUCUUUUGUAGACGUUUUAAGCGGCGAAGUUGCUCAAUAUGAAUGAAUGAGACAAAAAUCGCGACAUCCCUUCUCGCUUAGAAUCAAUAUCGCCCUCAUUCAUCAGUAUUCAUCGAGUGCUUAGAAAACCGCUUGCGAUCGACUGGAAAAACUUAUUUGCUGUAUGCUAUUGAUAACCUCCAGUCCUCUCUUUAUUCAUUCUCUUAUUUGAAUCUUGUUUGUUAGAUACGUCCGUCAGUAUACCCGUUCCCAUUGCCCUCUACCCCCUCAAUGGCAAAUACAAAACUUGGGACGUCAGCGGACGGAGCAAUCCCAACGGUAAUGCGCACGGGGUUCGACUCGCCCCAGGACCAGACGGAAAUCCUCAAGGCUCGUACCAGUUUUCUGGGAAGAGCAGCAGCUUCAUUGCAUUUCCAAACAAAGGUGCACUGACUGCGAAGUAUUCCAUAACUCUUCUUGCCUGGGUUAAUGUCGAGUCUAAAGGUGGACCUAUAUUUAACUACAAUCCGAAGGGGUGGGGUGUUAGUUUGUGGGUCAACUCAAAACUUUUCCUCGCCGCUAAAUUUAUUGAGGACGACAGCGCUUGCAGGACGUGUUUGGUUAGCGCGCUGCCGUUAAAAGAAAACGUGUGGAGUUAUGUGGGGAUGUCUUACGACCGUACCAGUGGCAUUGCCAAGCUCUUGGUGAAUGGACGUGUGAGUAGUAAGAGAAAUAUUGGAACAACGAUUGGUGAUCUCUCAACAUCAUGGAAUGUGAGGAUGGGCGCUCGCGCUACGAAGGACGGGAACUAUUUUAAAGGUCGGAUAUCCCGGAUGCAAGUCUACGACAGGGCACUGACUCAACGUGAAGUCGAGGUUGUUUCAAGUACUCUCACAGGUGAAUUUCAUCACUUUCGUCCAACUGUUUUAAGUCUACGGUUUGUCUAUCAGCACUCGUCCAAGUGGGUUUAGUGUGUCUGCAGCUGUCUUUCUGCCUCAGUCAGUCUGUCUGUCUCUAUUUGUUUACCUCUGUGUCUAUCUAUUAGUUAAGGGUCUUUCUGGGGUUAAUCUUUAGCCGUGAAACGACUAAAAUCAUAGUCGUCAGGCGUAAAAAUUGACAUGCAGAUUUAAACCAUUAGAAGUAAAAAAGGUAAACUGUAAAAAAGAUUUAUUUAAAUCAAAACGGAAAGAAAUUAAUCGUUAGCCAUAAAAUGGCCAAAAUUUUGGUGUAGGCGCAUUCUUCGUUAUUCCUUUUUUUGAGUUGAAAGAGAAACGAAAGAAAAGAAAUUGAGUCGCUCCUGGUGAAAAUUUCCGACUCAUAUGCUGCAUGAUUGCUUAUCUUUCGAUUGGCAUGAAUAUCUAUCUUAUUUAUACUGACUUCCUCGGUGAAUAAUCAGAUCUACCAACAGGGUCGUUAAAAGCAGGUUCUUGCUCAGACUGACUCACCUAAUGACAUAAAUCUUAUUUUCUGUCCUACAGCUGGUAUAUGCCCACAAGGAUGGACGGGAUUUCACUCAUCGUGUUAUUUGUUGUUCAACCGGUUGACAAACCAGUGGAAUCACGCUAGACAGGUUUGUCGGGAGCACGGAGGAGACCUGGUCAAGAUCGAAUCUCCAGAAGAAAACCAUUUCGUUUACACACUGGCAUAUUCCAAAGCUGCCGAUAAAAAGUAUGUAAAGCCUUUUAUUUCAAAAUUCAUCUAGAACUGUGACAUUAAUAACGAUGUGAAUGAUCAUUAUCGGAUGUGUUUGUACAGGGAAGCCAAGUUCAUCCUCCGUCAAAGUUUCGGUUUGUGCAACUCACAUAGUGGCGAACAUAGCUUGGUUUACGAGUUGAAAUUUCCUAAGUAAGUCCGAAACUCAAAUUGGUGAACCGCGCUGAAUUUCUCAUAAGGCAAAGUCCGUCUAUCUUACUUAAACUGUUUUCAUAUGACGAGGUUAUGGGAGAAAGCAUAUUCACGAAUUAAUUUUCUCGUUGUCUCAAGGUACAUGUGGAUAGGCUUGCUGCGCGGCUCGUCGAGCGAGCAGUUUGCCUGGGUACACACAUCUCCUCCAAUCCUGUAUUCCAAUUGGGCAAUUGAGGAACCGAACAACCUUCAUGGACGAGGCGAAAACUGCGGCCAUAUUUACAUCUGGAAGGGCGAUAAGGCCAUGCAGUGGAAUGACGAACUCUGUGUCAACCCGACAAUUGGUCCAAUGAUUUUCAUGUGCGAGAUGAAACCAUUGGAUCUCGAGCUCAAACCGAUUAACUCUGGAAAUUCAGUCAUCGAGGGAGGCUCCGGUGAAGGGGAGUCUGGGUCGGGAGAGUCCGCGAGCGGAUGGGCCAGUGGAGAUGUCAACACCUUCCCGUCCAGACUGGACUAA